AUGGGAAUACCAUCAAAGUUGAGGCAAUGGCCCCUUCUUGUUUAUGCUGUUGCCUUUUGCUUGAUAGUCAUUAGUGUAGCAGCUGAUUAUAAGCCCCACAUUGAUGAUUCAUCAUCUUUGUCAUACCAUUAUAGGCCACGAUCGCCUCCACCGCCUCCUCCACGACGUCGUUACUAUUAUAAAUCGCCCCCACCGCCUCCUCCACGACGUCGUUACUACUAUAAAUCGCCUCCACCGCCUCCUCCACGACGUCGUAACAAUUAUAAAUCGCCUCCGCCACCUCCUCCACGACGUCAUUAUUAUAAAUCACCUCCACCACCACCUCCGCGACGUCAUCACUAUUAUAAAUCACCUCCACCACCCCCUCCGCGACAUCAUCACUAUUAUAAAUCACCUCCACCUCCAUCACCAUCACCACCUCUUCCACAUUAUUACAAAUCUCCACCACCGCCUUCUUCACCUCCCCCGCCAAAUUAUUACCAUCAUCCACCACCACCACCAAUCCUUUCUCCUCCUCCAACAUAUCAUUACGAAUCUCCACCACCGCCUUCUCCAUCUCCACCGCCACAUUAUUACCAUAAUCCUCCACCACCACCUUCUCCAUCUCCACCGCCACCUUAUUACUCUAAUCCACCACCCACACCAAUCCAUUCUCCUCCUCCUACACCACCACUUCCAUCUCCAUCUCCAUCUCCAUUGCCAUCGCCCCCAUUGACUACACCUGUCGAUGAACCAUCUCCAUCUCCAUCUCUGUUGCCAUCACCACCAUUGAUUGCACCUACCGAUGGACCAUCUCCAUCUCCAUCUCCAUCUCUGGUUCCAUCACCAACAUUGAUUUCACCUACCAAUGGACCAUCUCCAUCUCCAUCUCUGUUUCCAUCACCACCAUUGAUUGCACCUAACGAUGGACCAUCUCUAUCUCCAUCUCCGUUGCCAUCACCACCAUUGAUUUCACCUAUCGAUGGACCAUCUCCAACUACAUUGCCAUCACCACCAUUGAUUGAACCUAUCGAUGGUCUAUCUCCAUCUCCAUAUCUGUUGCCAUCACCACCAUUGAUUUCACCUACCGAUGGACCAUCUCCAUCUCCAUCUCCAUCUCCGUUGCCAUCACCACCAUUGAUUUCACCUAUCGAUGGACCAUCUCUAUCUCCAUUGCCAUUACCACCAUUGAUUGAACCUACUGAUGGACCAUCUCCAUCUCCGUUGCCAUCACCACCAUUAAUUCCACCUAUCGAUGGACCAUCUCCAUCUCCAUUGCCAUUACCACCAUUGAUUGAACCUACUGAUGGACCAUCUCUAUCUCCGUUGCCAUCACCACCAUUGAUUGCACCUACCGAUGGACCAUCUCCAUCUCUAUCUCCGUUGCCAUCACCACCAUUAAUUGCACCUACCACUGGACCAUCUCCAUCUCCACCACCUUCUCCAUUACCACCACCUCCAGUGAAGUUUCCUCCUCCUCCAUUGCCAUCUCCACCUCCACCACCUUCUCCAUUUCCACCACCUCCAAUUAGGUCCCCGCCUACUCCAUCGCCAUCUCCACCUCCACCACUUUCUCCAUCUCCACCACCUCCAGUUAGGUCCCCGCCUCCUCCAUCGUCAUCUCCACCUCCACCACCUUCUCCAUCUCCACCACCUCCAGUUAGGUCCCCGCCUCCUCUAUCGCCACCUACACCUCCACCACCUCCAGUUAGGUCCCCGCCUCCUCCAUCGCCAUAUCUACCUCCACCAUAUUCUCUAUCUCCACCACCUCCAGUUAGGUUCCCGCCUCCUCCAUCACCAUCUCCACCACCUCUAGUUAAGUCCCCGCCUCCUCCAUCGCCAUCUCUGCUUCCACCACCUUCUCCAUCUCAACCACCUCCAGUUAGGUCCUCGCCUCCUCCAUCACCAUCUCCACCUCCACCACCUUCUCCAUCUCCACCACCUCCAGUUAGGUCCCCGCCUCCUCCAUCGCCAUCUCCACCACCUCCAGUUAGGUCCCCGCCUUCUCCAUUGCCAUCUCCACCACCUGUAAUUAAGUCUCCGCCUCCUCCAUCGCCAUCUCCACCUCCACCACGUUCUCCAUCUCCACCACCUCCAGUUAAGUCCCCGCCUCCCCCAUCUCCAUCGCCAUCACCACCUCCACCACCUUCUCCAUCUCCACCACCUCCAGUUAAGUCCCCGCCUCAUCCAUUGUCCCCGCCUCCUCCAUCGUCAUCUCCACCUCCACCACCUUCUCCAUCUCCACCACCUCUAGUUAGGUCCCCGCCUCCUCUAUCGCCACCUCCACCUCUACCACCUUCUCCAUCUCCACCACCUCCAGUUAGGUCCCCGCCUCCUCCAUCGCCCUAUCUACCUCCACCACAUUCUCUAUCUCCACCACCUCCUAUUAGGUUCUCGCCUCCUCCAUUACCAUCUCCACCACCUCUAGUUAGGUCCCCGCCUCCUCCAUCGCCAUCUCCGCCUCCACCACCUUCUCCAUCUCAACCACCUCCAAUUAGGUCCUCGCCUCCUCCAUCGCCAUCUCCACCUCCACCACCUUCUCCAUCUCCACCACCUCCAGUUAGGUCCCCGCCUCCUCCAUCGCCAUCUCCACCACCUCCAGUUAGGUCCCCGCCUCCUCCAUCGCCAUCUCCACCACCUUCAAUUAAGUCUCCGCCUCCUCCAUCGUCAUCUCCACCUCCACCACGUUCUCCAUCUCCACCACCUUUAGUUAAGUCCCCGCCUCCCCCAUCGCCAUCACCACCUCCCCCACCUUCUCCAUCUCCACCACCUCCAGUUAAGUCCCCGCCUCCUCCAUCGCCAUCUCCACCACCUCCCAUUAAGUCUCCAUCUCCUCUAUCACCAUCUCCACCUCCACCACCUUCUCCAUCCCCACCACCACCUUCAUCGAAAUCUCCACUUCCGCCUUGCAAUAAUAAAUCUCCUCCCCCACCAUCUUUUUUCCCUUUUCCAAUACUAUUUCCCUGGUUGCGAACUCCACCUCCGCCGCCUAAUUGUACUCCUCCACCACCACUAAUAAACUCCCCCCCUCCUCCAUCGCCACCUCCACCACGUUCUCCAUCUCCACCACCUCCAGUUAAGUCCCCGCCUCCUCUAUCACCAUCUCCACCACCUCCCAUUAAGUCUCCAUCUCCUCUAUCACCUUCUCCACCUUCACAACCUUCUCCAUCCCCACCACCACCUUCAUCGAAAUCUCCACUUCCGCCUUGCAAUAGUAAAUCUCCUCCCCCACCAUCUUUUUUCCCUUUUCCAAUACUAUUUCCCUGGUUGCGAACUCCACCUCCGCCACCUAAUUGUAUUCCUCAACCACCUCCAGUUAAGUCCCCGCCUCCUCCAUUUAAAAUAAUUACUCCACCAUUUCUACGAGUACCUCCACUCCCAUUUCCCUUUAAUCGGCAACCCUAG